AUGAUAAUCCUGUGGAUUUCUCUCAUGCUUCUAUGUGGGAUGAAGCGAACACAAUCUGAAAUUGUUCAACAACCAGACCCAGUGAUGAUGGCCUCUGUUGGGGAAAAUGUUACUCUGCGUUGCAUUAUUUUACAAGAUCACAGUGACCCGAUUACCUGGUACAAGCAAACUGCUGGACACCAACCACUGGCUGUAGCAAUGAUGCAGAAAUUAGCCCAAACUCCUGUUUUCUUUAAUAACUUUAAACCCUCACAUUUUAACCUUGAGGUAGAGUCAGGAACAUGUCAUUUAAAGAUUUACAAUGUCACUUCAUCUGAUGAAGCAACAUAUUACUGUGGCUGGAGAAAAUAUGAAACAUAUUUUGGCAGAGGCACAUAUUUAGCUUUGAAAGGUUCAAUAAACAACCAACACAAGUCAAACGUGUCUGUUGUUCAGCAUCCAGCAUCUCAGUCUGUUUGUUCUGGAGAUGCAAUGACACUGAUAUGCUCUGUAUUGUCUGAACACAGCACAGAGAAUAUUAAAAUGUUCUGGUUCAGAUCAGAUUCUGGAGAAAAACCUGUUCCAGAAAUCCUGUACACUCAUAAUCAAUCUCUUCAAUGUGAGAAGGAUUUUACACACAGCUGCACAUUCAAUCUGUCUAUAAAUACAGUCAGUCAAAUGGACACCGGCACUUAUUACUGUGCUGUUGCCACCUGUGGAAAAAUCCUGUUUGGCAAUGGGACGAAAAUAAAUAUGGUAGAGCCGGUGGAUCCUCUGCUGAUCAUCAUGUGUGUGUUAUUGGGUGUUUGUGUGGUAGUGAUUAUUGCACAAAUUAUAUCAAGUCAUAAAAAGGAAAGACAAUACAGCAACAAAGGGCUACGCAACAGUGAAAGGCAACAUCCCUUAAAUCAGGAACAGGAUACAGGGCAGUUGAAUUACGCUGCACUGAAUGUCAUAGAAAGAAAACACAGAAGAGUCCACAGAAAGGCAGAAACUCCUCAAGACAGUGUUUACAGCCAGGUCAAUUACUCCAGUGUGACUGACCUGAGCACAGCUGAGCCUGUUAGACAAUAAACUCAACCUUCAGCACAUCUGCUCUGUACA